AUGUUAACACUUGCCGAACCACCUUUCCCCAGUAGUGGACAGGAACGAUGGGCUCCGCAGUACGGCAUAUCUCUACCAAGAUUUUCCAUGAUCGAUUGGUUGAAUCAAAAUUCAAGUAAAAGUCCGAUGAAUAAUUUGAAAAUCACGGGAACUGAGGCUUUGAAGAAAGUACCCGAUUCACUUUUCAGUGACAUGCCGCAAUAUAAAGAAGUAAUUGAAUUGUUGCUCGAAGACAUUGAAAGAGGGAAUCAUUUAUUGCUAGUUGAGAAAGAAGGAUUGGGAAAUAAAAAAAUUGUGGACAGACUGUUACAGACUUUGGACCGCCCCACGGAAUAUAUGCAACUACACCGCGACACAACGAUGCAGUCUUUGACAGUACAGCUGAACACCAAAGAUGCAACUGGCAUUUACGAGGAUUCACCACUGGUCAGAGCCGUUAAAUAUGGCCACGUGUUAGUCGUAGAUGAAGCAGACAAAGCACCUAUAAUUGUGACAUCUAGCUUAAACACUUUAAUGCAAAAUGGAGAAAUGGUAUUGAGUGAUAAUAGAAGAAUAAUUCCCAAAGAAUUUAUGAAUAGUUUUGGUGGAAAAUCAGCGAGUUUUAUUUCUGUGCACGAAAACUUUAGAAUGAUAGUAUUGGCUAGUCGCACUGGAUUUCCAUUUUUGGAGGAAGAAUUGUCAGCUCCUUUGUUAGAAUUAGAAACUGGAGAGAUAAGCACCACUGUCAAAGCAGUUGGCUCUAGCCCAGUGGUUACCACUGCCGUGAUGGGCAGCAAUAGCGCGGGAUCACAAACUAUUACAGCAAUAGCCUCAGGUUCAGCAUACGCUACCGCAACAGCUGUAACUUAUGGUAGGGGAAUUUCGACUGCUACGGCAAUUGCUCACGGCAGAUCAAGUGCCUCCGCCACAGCAUAUUCAUACGAUGCAGGAGUCGCGACCGCUACAGUACACACUAUUGACUCAUCAUAUGGCGACGGCUCGGCAUACGCAUAUGAAUCUGGUGUCGCCACCGCCACAGCAAACGCUUCUGGUUCAAAAGUUGCCAGGGCUCAGGCGAUCGCCAGGGGAAAUCAAGUCGUUAUUAAUACACAAAACAUGUCCUAA